AAUAGUUAAAUAAAAAAUAGUUCAUUUAGGAUUGGUAAAAUGUUGACAGCUUGUAGGAGCGAACUACCUAAUCCUCACAAGAAAUGCGUGAGGGAGUUACUCAAUUGCUUAUCUUGUUUUGACAACGAUUACCAACGCAUAAAUAUUGAGCUGAGGAAUGUUCAGAAAGAGCUCAAGCAAUCAAUAGACAAUGUUAUGUUCCAUUGUUCCGAAUUGAAAAAAAUGGCGUGUGCUUCAGAUGAGAGGCUUUUUGAAUUUCAAAAGAAUGUGGAAAAUAUUGACACCAUCAGGGAGUGCUUCAACAAGCGUAUUGAUGACAUGCUGAAGAAACGUGAACUAAUUGUUGAGGAAUCAAAAAAAUGUUUAGAGCAAUUGCACAUCGAAAAAACAAAACUAAAACAAUUUCACCAAACAACCAUUAAUCAUUUGAAGGCGUUUGCUGUUCAAAGUAAUGACCCUGAAAUCGUUAGAAAUUGUGAAAAAGAUUUGAAUGAGAUAAAUAAACAGUUCGCCAAGGAAGUGUCCUUCAUAAAGACGUGUGAAAGUGUUUUGAGUCCAUUGUUUCAAAUGCUGCACGCAUGCAAAACUCAGAUGUGCAAAUUUUCUCAUUUUAACGAAUAUGAUUGGGUACCACAAGGAAAAUCAACGGAAGGCGAUGACUCAAUUGCUAAUGAAAUUAAAGUUUCCAUGGGAUCUACGUUGAGAAACGCCUUUGCUCAUCUUCAUAUUCAUCAGCCAAAUGAUAAAAUCAGUUUUUUGGCUCAAUAUCUAUUGACAUUAGAACGCAAUGAGGAAAUAAUGGGAGAAAAAAUAGAACUUUUUACUAUUAAAUAAAUAGAUUUGUUAUUUUUUACAUAUUAUUUUUAAAUAUACCUACA